GCUCAAGUCCUUGUACUGUAAGAAGUACUCCCGCACGUGGUCCCCAAUGAACGCCCUAACGCUAACAAAACUCACGUUUCGCCUCUUCGCUGACUUUGCUUGCUUGUUUCCCUUUAUCUGAUGGCGAAUGAACGAGUCUGAAAACAACUCCUCCGAUCAUUUGUGACACUCCGUAGAAAACCUCUUCGUCGACUCGUCCGUCUAUCAUCAUACAAAAAGCACAUAACGCUGGCCCUAUAAUUAAGAGAACAAAAGAAGAAGAUCAAAGAAUGAGGUCAUCAGCGUCCUCCCCAAGUCUGGGGAUGGACAGGAGUGCCAUGGACAGGUCUACUCACGACUUCAGAAGGACAGGCAGCAGUGUCUUUUCGAAGACGUAUGGUACUUCGAUUACAUUUUCCUUGCUUGGUCGUUUGUAGUAUGUAGGUGUUGAAUGAUGGAUCAUGAUCGUUUCUACUUCUUUUCAAUUUUACUUGGUUCUGCAGCACACUUUCUUGUUGUUCUUGUCCAUCAUCUUCUUCUCGAACUCCCCUUGUUCUCGCUAUUUAAUACUAUGUAUAGUAGACUAUAGAUACCAAUUCUAGUAUGUAUCUCAAACUCAAGAACCGCAAUCAAUCUCGUCUCGUACAGAUCCCAUGGACAUGUCAGAGUGGAACAAGCAGGUUAUCACAACGUUCCCAACAUCCCUCCAAUACUUCGAAACCUACCAUCACGCGUACGGAUGGGUCAGCAAACUGAAGGACUUAGCGUUUUUGUCAGAUCUUUUUCGGAGUAUUGUUAUGGCCGCGUUAGUACAUGUCAACCAGUAAUAGAGCAAGAACUGUUUUUAUUUCUAGAUCAAAUUCAAAGCAGACGAGCUUCUGAUUCUGUCGUGGUAAACAAUAUAACGAUUUAUGCAAUUCCCUCUCUAACCCCAACACGGACGGUAGCGCCACCAUCGACAAAAACGAAUUUGACAUUUCCCUAGCGCAUCCGGAGACGAAGAAAAUUUUUGCCACGCGGUUCGGUUUCCAGCCGCAUCAAAGGGACAAGAUAUUUCAAGUGCUGGCGAAUGGAGAGAGUACAACUCGCUUUCUUCCGGAUGUUCCUUUUACCUAUAGCUUAGGGCAACCUCAAUUAUAUCAUAGUUUUACCUAUAGCUUAAGCCUAGGUCAACUUCUACGACGCUUUUCCAAAACUUUUCAUCUUAUACAAACCUGCUCAUCACUCAGAAUGCAUUAGCUACCGAAGGUGGAUGACGUACUUAUUCUCCUUGAUGGAGGAUGGCGACCGAGUCCGAGAAUUCUCCGCUUCAGGCAGACCCGGGCAUUUGUCGAGAGAGGAAAGCUUUGAGAGUAUCUUGCUUGUUAGUUUCUUCUUUUUCCCUCUCUGAAUUGAUUUCAACCAUGAACUCAAAAAUCAACACCGUUGCCCAUGGAUGUGAUUAUCAUGUGAAAUCUCUUCCUCUCUCAAACACAGAAUUCAAGUCUUUGCCAUUGCCGACAAGAGGUGGAAAGAUACGGAAACCCGGAUUUACCAAUGGUCCAGCGUGGCUUAUGAAAACGCAUCCGACGAAGACUAUCAUCUACAAAGAUAGAAAUUGAGCUGACGCCUAGUGUGAUGAAAGUGUAGAAGCAACUCUGGGUGAAUGUACAUGCAAGCAUAGGAGAGAAAAAAAUGAACAUACAAGUAGUCCAGUGAAAUUAACAUCAACACACAAAUUCGAGCAUAUAAGAAUUUUUCCAGCAAGUUAACACAUGUUUAUCCAAAUACCAAAUACGCGAACAAACGUCGAAACAAGUCAAAGUCAAAGCCGCAGCUAUACGUAGUCGUUGUCAAAGUCAUCUAAAAUCAUCUAAUCCAAAAUCAAAAUCAAAACCAUCUAACUACAUAACAAGUUCCAUCAAGAACAUCUACAUCAUUCUCGCUACACUCAAACCUUAACAUGAGCGAAAGCAUAUCAAGUGCAGAUCGAGUUUGGUCUUACGUCCAUGAGUUCACUGUCAUUCAGUACUGAUUGUGCUUGCGCGAGAAAACAUAUGACAACAUGAAGUAUAACUAUAACGGAGCACGCACACAGAAUACGCACUGAUAGCUAUUGAUUCCGCAUAUCAAUUCUGAGCUUCAUUUACUCAUCGUGGAAAGGUACAACGACUCUUUCUGUAUCUUUCUUUUGGAUUUUUGAUUAUGUAUCUUGGAUUUUGGAGUCCGCAGCUUUGAAAUUGAACAGGAUGGAAAAAGCUAAUUAUACUAGAAGAAGAAAAAGAACAUCAAAAAGAAAAUCGAAAGCAUUGGCAUUCCCUCGUUGCAC